CCCCAUGUUUGUUUUCUUUUCUAAUCUUGGGAUUUGUUUCCUCAGUUUUUCAGUUGCUAUCACAAAUGACAACCUUCCACAUAUCCUAAAACACAUACAGUUCUUCCUUUUUUGUUUUUAGAGCCGGUACGCAUUUUAGAUGCCAGCAUUCUCAAAUUCAGCUCAAUUCAUUGUAAUUAAAUACGAAUUUUCAACUCUCCAAUUCCAUUCCGAUCUCCAGGAACCAUUUUAGUCUCUGCGAUUUCGAAACAUUAAAGUUCAUACACCCCCAUUAAGGAGAAAUGAGUUGCUUUUCUUGUUUUUCGUAUAAGAGGAUAAAUAGUUCCAGGAAAGAACAGCAGUAUGCCCCUGUUCCUCAGAGAGAACCCUUUGGCUCCCAACCACGGACAGUCAGUUCAGACACCCAGAAGGAUCCGGGCAACAACAACAUUGCGGCGCAGACAUUCACAUUUCGAGAACUGGCCACGGCCACAAAGAAUUUCAGACAAGAAUGCUUGAUAGGGGAAGGUGGAUUUGGGCGGGUUUACAAAGGAAUUCUUGAGACAACUGGCCAGGUUGUGGCUGUGAAGCAGCUUGAUAGGAAUGGAUUGCAAGGAAACAGAGAAUUUCUUGUUGAGGUGUUGAUGCUAAGUCUUUUGCACCAUCAAAACCUUGUGAAUCUUAUUGGGUAUUGUGCUGAUGGUGAGCAGAGGCUUCUGGUUUAUGAAUACAUGUCAUUGGGAUCUCUAGAAGACCAUCUACUUGAAAUUUCACCGGAGCAAAAGCCACUAGAUUGGUACACAAGAAUGAAAAUAGCUUUGGAUGCUGCAAGGGGUUUGGAAUACUUGCAUGACAAGGCAAAUCCCCCUGUCAUAUACCGUGACUUGAAAUCCUCCAACAUCUUGCUAGAUAGCAACUUCAAUGCCAAACUAUCUGAUUUUGGGUUAGCAAAGCUUGGACCGAUCGGGGACAAGACUCAUGUAUCUUCAAGGGUGAUGGGAACCUAUGGCUAUUGCGCCCCGGAGUACCAAAGAACAGGUCAGUUAACAGUUAAAUCAGAUGUUUACAGCUUUGGAGUCGUUUUGUUGGAAUUAAUCACUGGAAGAAGAGCUAUUGAUACCACAAGACAGACUCAUGAGCAAAAUCUAGUUACAUGGGCACAACCUACAUUUAGGGAACCGAGUAGGUUCCCAGAACUGGCUGAUCCCCUUCUUGGAGGAGAUUUCCCCGUUAGAGGUUUGAACCAAGCAGUCGCAGCUGCAGCUAUGUGUCUGCAAGAAGAACCCGAAGUACGCCCCUUGAUCAGCGACGUGGUCACAGCACUUAGUUUUCUAGGAAAUAGUCCUGGCGGAGGCGAUGCAGAUUUCGUUCUACCCAAGACGGUUUGUAAUCAACAGGGAGCUUGUACAAAUGGAAACCCACAUGACGAAGAAAGUAUAAGGGAACGCCAACGUGCUGUGGCGGAAGCAAUAGAAUGGGGUUCGCACUCUAGGCAUGUCCAAGUUCAAGCACAAGCACGAUGUGCGGCUACUCCUUCCUCAUAAAAAUUUGCUUAAUAUAUACGAAAUGCUGUAUCCAUAAUGCAUACCUCGUUAUGGUUUAUGCUUUCUCAUACCUUUUUCCGAAGACUUUCUUUUCAUCUUAAGGAGUGAUGUUGAAGUGAAAGCAGAUGAUUAAGAUAUGUAAUGGGGAUGAACGUAUACAUUAUGAAAUAAAAUGAUUCUUUAAUU